CUUCAGUCCCUCCAGCGCGCACAAGAAAACCUCCAAGCGCACCAGAAUAAGUCCUCUUCUCUUCACCAAAAAAAAAGAAAGAAAAAAGAAAGAAGGUAUCUUCUCUGGUCGCACGGCCGCUAUGAUUAAGAAGAUGUCCCCGUCCGAGAGCGACUAUGACAUCCCGGCGAAAAACUCCUACAGGAUGGUCAUCCUCGGCUCCACGAAGGUCGGGAAAACGGCCAUCGUGUCGCGCUUUCUUACCGGCAGGUUCGACGAGCAGUACACGCCCACCAUCGAGGACUUUCACCGGAAAUUGUACAGCAUCAAGGGGGACGUGUACCAGCUGGACAUCCUGGACACGUCUGGCAACCACCCUUUCCCCGCCAUGAGGAGGCUGUCCAUCCUGACAGGCGACGUCUUCAUCCUGGUCUUCAGUCUGGACAACCGCGACUCCUUCCGCGAGGUGCAGCGUCUCAAGCGUCAGAUCCACGAGACCAAGUCGUGCCUGAAGAGCAAGAUGAAGGAGCACGUGGACGUGCCGCUGGUGGUGUGCGGCAACAAGGGCGACCGCGAGUUCUCCCGCGAGGUGCAGCGCGAGGAGAUCGAGCAGCUGGUGGCGGGAGAGGACAAGUGCGCCUACUUCGAGAUCUCCGCCAAGCGCAACGAGAACGUGGACAAGAUGUUCCGCGCCUUGUUCGCCCUGGCCAAGCUGCCGCACGAGAUGAGCCCGGACCUCCACCGGAAGGUGUCGGCGCAGUACUGCGACAUGCUGCACCGGAAGUCGCUGAAGAGCAAGAAGGUGAAGGAGUCGGGGGGUGGGGGGGAGGCGUACGGGAUGGUCACGCCGUGCGCGCGCAGGCCCAGCGUGCACAGCGACCUCAUGUACAUCAAGGAGAAGGCGGUGGGGGGCGGACACGGCAAGGACAAGGACAGGUGCGUCAUCUGUUAGCCCCUUUUGGGACGACGCGGCUCCGUUGCCAUGGACACACGCCACAAAAAAAAAAAAAAGGAGAACUUUUGACUGUGACGUCAUCGUGCAUCGGCGUCGAGUGGACAUGUUUACAGCUUGUGAAAUAUUUUAUAACUUGAGUAUCUCUUGCGAUCAGAACUAUUUUUUCGUAAAUGUCUAUUUAUGAUUGUCGUUGUCACAUUUUUUUUGUGAAACAAACCUGAAAAUGGAAUUAAAAAAAACUCAGAAAUA